UUCUCUCUUCACUCAACCUUAGGGUUUCCUUCAUCUGCCCCUCACACUCGAAUCUGCUCCUCUUUUUCUCUCCUUCCAUCCAUUCACUCGACCUACCAAUCAACCUCUUCUAGCUAUGGUGGUAGGAGGGUUUGAAGUAGGAGCAGUACCUUUUAAUCCAGAUGGCUGGGGACCGCCGGAUGCCACCACUACGCCGUCUUCAGCCACAGCCGCUGGCAAUCUCCCGCUGCACGUCCCCUUUGCUCCAUUUUCGCGCUCUGAUAAGCUCGGUCGCAUAGCCGAUUGGACACGCGCCCUUGCUAACCCCUCUGCCCGACCCCCCACUGCUGGUGGUGGUUCAAAGGGAAACCCCUCUGACUCCGCCGUCUUCGAUUUCUCCGCCUUCGCCAUCGACGACUCUUUCCCCGUCACCGGCUCUGGUGCUAACCUCGACGAGGAUUCAACUUUCCGCCUAGUCGAUGGAAAGCCCCCGCCGCGGCCCAAGUUUGGACCUAAGUGGCGGUUCACGCAGCAUCACCACCGCCCGCAGCUCCCUCAGCGUCGCGACGAGGAGGUCGAGGCCCGUAAGCGUGAGGCCGAGAAGGAACGCGCACGCCGAGACCGGCUUUACAACCUUAAUCGCUCGAAUGUCAACCAGCCGCGGAGGGAGGCUGCCGCCUUUAAGUCCUCUGUCGAUAUUCAGCCUGAAUGGAACAUGCUCGACCAGAUCCCUUUCUCCACUUUCUCCAAGCUUUCAUUCGCUGUCCCCGAACCCGAGGACCUUCUCUUGUGCGGCGCUCUCGAGUACUAUGACCGAGCUUAUGAUCGCAUUACACCUAAAAAUGAGAGGAGAUUGGAGAGGUUCAAGAACAGGAAUUUCUUUAAAGUCACUACCAGUGAUGAUCCGGUGAUUAGGAGGUUGGCUAAGGAGGACAAAGCCACAGUUUUCGCCACCGAUACUAUCCUGGCAGCCUUGAUGUGCGCACCAAGAUCAGUUUACUCGUGGGAUAUCGUGAUUCAGCGAGUUGGAAACAAGUUGUUCUUCGAUAAGAGAGAUGGCUCGCAGCUCGAUUUAUUGUCCGUGCACGAGACGUCGCAGGAACCUUUACCUGAGGCUAAAGAUGAUAUUAACUCUGCAUAUUCCUUGAGCGUGGAGGCUGCUUAUGUUAAUCAGAAUUUCUCGCAGCAGGUUUUGGUCAGAGAUGGGAACAAGGUGUCAUUUGAUGAGCCAAAUCCGUUUGCCAAUGAAGGUGAGGAGGUGGCUUCUGUUGCCUACAGGUAUAGGAGAUGGAAGCUUGAUGAUGAUAUGCAUCUUAUUGCAAGAUGUGAGGUGCAGAGUGUUGUUGAUGUUAAUAAGCAAAGGUCAUUCCUUACCUUGAAUGCCCUUAAUGAAUUUGAUCCAAAAUAUUCUGGUGUUGAUUGGAGGCAGAAAUUGGAGACGCAGAGAGGUGCAGUAUUGGCUACUGAAUUGAAGAACAAUGCUAAUAAGUUGGCUAAAUGGACUGCGCAGGCAUUGUUGGCUAGUGCGGACUUGAUGAAAAUAGGGUAUGUUUCUAGGGUUCAUCCACGUGAUCAUUUCAACCAUGUGAUAUUGGCGGUUGUUGGGUACAAGCCAAGGGAAUUUUCUACUCAGAUUAAUCUGAAUACUGCGAAUAUGUGGGGUAUUGUUAAGUCUAUUGUGGACUUGUGUAUGAAACUGAACGAGGGUAAGUAUGUCCUUGUCAAGGAUCCCUCGAAGCCUCAAGUUAGGAUUUAUGAGGUUCCAGCAGAUGCUUUUGAGAAUGAGUACGUGGAGGAGCCAUUGCCUGAGGAAGAACAGGUUCAGCCACCUGGUGAAGAUGCCGAAGGCGGGGAGCCAAGUGCAGCUACUAAUGAUGUAGAAGAUAACAGCGCUAAUGCACAGGCGUAAUGAUAGUAUGUGGUCAUUUGCUGAGAAGAAUCUUCUUGGGACCUAAGAGUUUUUUAGCAGCCCUGUGAGGUUUUAAGUAUUCUUUUUUUUUUUUUUUGGUUUCUUUUUCAUAUAAUUUAUCUUUCAGACUAAUGUAUAAUUUGAGUAGAAAGAUUUUGUAAGGAGUUCCUCUUGAUAGUAAGGAGACAUUAUUAGUCACUCUGUUGUGGAUGGUUUGUGGGUCUGGAAACUGGAAUGAGAAACCAUUCUUCUCCCUCUUUCUUCACGGUUUAAAAACAA